AUGACCCCCUCGGGUGGCAUGCCGCACCUGGUGGAGCUGCAGGCGAGGAAGCCGCUCUUGCAGAUGACAGCAGAUGAGCUGAUACAAGCAUAUAUGUCGCCGUUGACUCUGGGAGUGUAUCUGAGCUUCUUCCUGUAUGGCGCUUUCCUCCUUUCGCUCUUCUUAUACUUUGCCAAGUUCCGCAGAGAUACGUGGACAAAUCGACUAGUAGUGAUACUGCUUGCCUGCUUCUCUACCGUCGAUACCGUUGCAGGUGGGAUUCGUAUCUUCCGAAUAACAGUGCUACACCCUAACGACCUCGCUUAUCUUCUCGACGUGACCCAGCGCCCAGAGGACUGGCUCUGCACCCUCUUCCUCCUGCUCACCAUCCUGGUCUCCCAGCUCUUCUUAUGCAUCCGCAUCCUCUCGUUUGCUCGGCGGAUGACAGAUUGGGCUGGACCGAAGGCCAAGCUCAAGAUAGGAUGCAUGGCCGCUGCACUCGGUCUAGGAUGGCUCUUUUGCCUCGGUGUGAGCAUAGCGAACUGCGUAGUUUUCUACAAGACUCAGAACUACAUCGAGCUGUUACUCCCUUCCUCGCCCCUGGCGCAAUCAUUCCGCCUUACCAGCCUUAUGAUGCCCUGUGUCCUCUGCGUCAUGGACAUCAUGAUCGCGGUGUUGAUGACCAUACAGUAUCGCAAAGCUAAGACCGGAUUUGGCGACUCGAACCGCAUCCUCGAAGUACUCAUCACGGUCGUGGUCCGGAACGGCGUGCUAGUGGCAAUAGUCAUGAUCAUCCAAUUCGCCAUCACCUACACUGCCGUCUUAUGGGGCAACUUCCUCCCUCUCGCCUAUGGCAAGCUCCACGCCCUCACCGUCCUCUGCGUGCUCACCGAGCCCCGCCUCGCCCAUUCCAAAUGGCACAAGGACAACGAAGCGGGUCCAUCUGGCGCCACUGGCGCAGGUCCCGUGCCGACACCACACAUGGACUAUACCCAGCGGACUGGGACCCCGUCGAUCGGCUCGGACAAUGUUCGGCGGAGACAGCGGAGGUUCUCGGCGAGCUCGGCGGAGGAGGCGUAUGGCCGGAGACGGGCAGAUCUGCUCCCUUUCGACGGGGAUGGGAUGUCGCAGUAUGGAGACACUCCUUCACAGCUCCAGAGCCGCCCGAGUCUCACGUCGCGCGAUGCCUCGGGACGCAGAUUCGGGGAGGAGCUGAGACCGAGUAUGAUGCGUCGAAAAAUCUCCGAGGCGCCCACGGCGUCUUCGGGAGAUACGGCGGCGGGAACUCCGGUGUAUGAGCUGAAGAAAGGGGAUGCGGAGCUGCGGAGACCUUCAGAGCCACGGAGUGGGUCGGAAGAAUCAGCGGGGGCGGAGCUGGUCGUAGUGGUUGAGGGGGCGGAAGCUGGCGUGUCCUACGCGGCACCGGCAGUGGUGGACAGGGACGAGGGCAAGGAAGCCGCGGGCCCCAGCAAGGACAGCUGA